AUGUUUAUGCUUUUAGACGUUGUCUCCUCGGCGGAUGUUCCCGACAAUGGGACGGAGGCCCGCCUUAUCGGGAAUAACAACACCACUAGUAGUCCCUGGGUGAUAGUCGGAAACGGGACCGAUGAUCCUAUGGUACGGGUGGCAACCUACAUGGCAAAUCUCGGAGUGGACACGUUCACCGCGGGCAUACACAGCAACUGGGAGGGGUCGGAGCCCACUAUGUCCUGGAGCCAACUCAUGCGGCGCUACGACACCGAAAGUAUGCGUACCCAGCUGGGUGUAGUCCGACCCGGUCAGCCACUAAACCACCGGGGCGUGCUCGCUCUCGGCCCCCGCUCGGAUUGGCAAUCCUUGUUCUCCGAUCCAGUGAUCCCCACCUCCAUUUUGAAUGUCUCCGAUACAAAGCCGCUCAAAUUCCGGUCUCCUCGCGCUUCCAAGGCAUGGUCCUUCAAGGAAGAAUGCAGAACGAGGGCACAAUCAUGGUUGACCCGGGCAUUAUACUGUCUCGGGACUCGCUCCCGGGACACGUUAGAGCAAACCAAAAGCCCCGCCGUAGCUCUACAGACGCUCCUCACGAUUCUCACCCAGAUGGUCUAUUACGAGAAGCUGCUGCGACUCAAUGGAACCGGGCGUGCCGACCGCCUUCUCGGACGCGACGCUGAUUCCGACUCAAUUGAUAGGGUUUGGGGGAAUCACUGGCAGGCGGUUUCACAUGUGUACUCGAAGGACACGGUGGCAGUUCUAGAGAUGGCUGAUCAGAUGAAGGAUCAGGAGGUCGAGCGUUGGGUCAAGCGCAAAGAGCGUGGGGAAGAGCUCUACAGUGUUGCGCUUGAUGAAGGGGAUGCGGAGCGGGUGGCGCUGCCGGCUAAACAUUCGGAUUCGCCCCCGCGGCCUUCACUUUGCGGGUGCCUAUUGGCGGGGACUUCUCCACGUUAUAUUUAA